AUGUCCCUCGCGUUCGCCCCAAUCGGCGCGUGCGUGUUAAAGCAUCCCCUCGACCGUCACGACACCACCGCCGAGCGUCGCGCGCGCGCACGCACGGCGUCGACGAGCAGAAAAGAUGCUUCGGCUUCAACCGAGUCCGAGACUUUGAGCGCCAUCACGUCGUCCUCUCAAGCGCCAAUGACGCUCAAUCGCGCGUUCCGUCGAAUGUGGACCAAGGCGGACGCGUACCAUGCGCACGGGAUCUCUGGUACGGUGUACACGGUGCUCGGGGCGGGGAUGAUGGGCGGAUGGGCGGUGGACGACGCGGUGGCAUUGACGAGCGGCGUCGCACCGCCACCGAUGGACGGAUCGCUGACGAUGUUGGCGUUGACAUUGGCAACAGUGUGCGCGGUGAGCGGAUUACCACUGUCGAAAAGCCGAGGAUGGCGUAAGACGGAGCUCAGUGCGCGUUCAAUAGCGUUUCAGCUCGUGCUGACGUGGGAGUGCGUUCGAUUCGCCAGCGUCGUUGAUCCCUCGAUGCACGUCCCCCUCUUGGACGCCGUCGCCCUCGGAUUACUGCCGUUCGUAUGGCAAACGAUGACGUCGGCGUACAUCAUCACCGCCACGAAGGAUGAUAAACGCGCGGCGCUCGCGGUUUGGUUGGGCACGCUCGGUUUUGGCGCGCAGAUUUUCCCCGCCCAGCGCGUCCUAGACCUCGCCAGCGUCGCCGCGCUCGAGGCUUCUAGACCAGGUUUACCCACCAUCUGGGCGCACGGCACGUUCGGCCUGAUCUGGCUCCUGAACUGGUCCACAUUUGGGGCGUCCCUGCGCGCCCGCGACGUCGUCGCCCGCGACGACGAUUACGUCGCCUGGUUUCUUCUACGCCCGAGCGCGUUUUGGUUCGUCUUAUUCGCCCUAGACGUUGCCGUUCGACGCCCGUUCGACUCCGUCACCGAGUACCUCGCCUCCGGUCUCGGCGCCGUCCUCACCGCGGCCUGA